AUGCACGAUGCCGAGGAGGAGGACAGCAAGACUUGGAGUCAAAUCUUUGUCCGCUCGCUCACUCCAGAGCUUCAAAUGGCUGUGAAGGUAGCUAGCGCUGCCUCAGCCAAAGACCAGCCUCUCAAUGUUGCGAAGGCGACCGAACUGCUGAGCACUGUGUACGAUGGAACGACCGCAGACCUGCCAAGAAAGCAAGAGUCGCGAGUCGACCAGUGCCGUCGCCACCCCACAUCUAACCACACCAAUGGUCAAUGUUUCUCGAGCAAGCCCGAGUCCUUUUCUCAAAAGAGAGACAAAGGUAAGGAACGGGCCGGAACCAAAGUCGAUGAAGAACGCUGCUGGUUUUGCGGCCGAAUUCGUGUAGAUGGUAACGAGUACAAAGGGAAAGGGCUCAGUCCGCAACCUCGGUCGCCACCCAAUAGUGAACCCAACCAGCAGAACGUCCUUCCGGUCACUGACAUGGAUUUGGAUUUUAAUAUGGUCAUUGACAAGGCCAACCAAGCUAUGCGAUCAGGGCCUUACAUCCAAGAAUCGUCGUUGUAUCCUGUCGGGCUCUUGCACCGUUCUAGAGUAUUCAAGCUCCAUCAACGACUACUCUUCAACAGGACUGAACUUUUUCAGCUUGCAACUGUCGAAGAAGGGCUGUAUGUAUAUCCGUUCGAAACCGUGGCAUAUUUGGACCGCGUUAGCUCAAGAAGCCAGGUUUCGCGGUCCUCAUCGGACAAUACUUUUCCGUAUGUCAUGACACGUGCUGUAUGGCCAACUGAGCGAUGGGCAGACAGCAGUGCUUCAUUAUAG